CUAGUGUAACAGCAUGAAACUCCAGGCUGAUCAUGUUAAUUUGUCAAAAACUUUGCAUUGCACUUUUGACACCGUAAAAUGGGCAGGUUUAGUCGGAUUUAAUAAUGCAAUAAUUCGGAAAAGCAGCGGCUGUAGCUGAUGAAACUCAAUGUAGUAAAGGGAGUCAGUGAUUAUGUUCAGCCAGACUCAACAUGGACAUGUAAUUUGUUGAAACAAAGUUAAAGGUUUUGACAUGGUCUCUCAAAAAAGUUCUCCAACACCCCCAGAGGGUAUUACACCCUUCCAGCAGAUGGUGGCGUCCUGCUCCGGGGCAAUUAUUACAUCGCUGUUUGUCACACCUCUUGAUGUUGUCAAGAUCAGACUUCAAGCACAAAGGAAUCCUUUCCCCAAAGGAAAAUGUUUUGUGUACUGUAAUGGAUUGAUGGAUCACAUAUGCGUCUGCGAGAAUGGAAAUGGUAAAGCGUGGUACAGAGCACCCGGUCAUUUCAAUGGCACCCUGGAUGCCUUUAUUAAGAUAGUACGUAGGGAGGGAAUCAGAUCUCUAUGGAGUGGUCUUCCUCCAACACUAAUAAUGGCAGUGCCUGCAACUGUGAUCUAUUUCACGUGUUACGAUCAGCUGUUUGCUACUUUCAAGGUCAGGAUGGGAGACAAAGCAGACAUGGCUCCGCUAUUGGCCGGUGCUCUUGCGAGAGUGGGCUCAGUCACGGUAAUAAGUCCCCUGGAGCUGAUCCGCACAAAGCUUCAGUCCGAGAAACUUUCGUACCGGCAGCUGAGCGAUGUGAUCCGGUCAGCGGUGCACAGCGAAGGCUGGCGAUCUCUGUGGAGAGGCUGGGGUCCCAUGCUGCUCCGAGACGUACCCUUUUCAGCUAUGUACUGGUAUAACUAUGAGAAGGGGAAAUCCUGGCUGUGUGCUUACUACUGCUCAAACCCAACCUUUGCCAUUACAUUCACAGCUGGUGCGGUGUCUGGAUCGAUUGCUGCGAUCAUCACCUUGCCAUUUGACGUGGUAAAGACGAGACGACAGGUGGAACUUGGUGAAAUGCAGGCAAUGAAAUUGUCCACACAAGUCUCAUCCAGCACAUAUAACGUGAUGAAACGGAUAGUGGCAGAGAAUGGCAUAUCAGGACUGUUUGCAGGUUUUAUGCCCCGGCUGAUAAAAGUGGCACCUGCGUGUGCUAUAAUGAUCAGCACAUAUGAGUUUGGAAAAGCUUUGUUCCGCAAACAUAACCAGGAGAAAGAGAUCACGACCAGACUGCAGUCCAGUGCCUGAUCCAUCACACACAUCUGAAAUACAACAGCUCUGCAGAAAAUCACUCAUCUCUUUAUCAGAUAGCUUUGUUUGUUCACACAUUUUUCCCAUCAUGCGUGACUUUUAUCUGUCACCCAUCAAUUAGGUGAAGAAAGGAGGAACAUACCGGGUAUCUUUUUUAUAAUGCACCUUACCUUUAAAGGAGAGGUACGUUUAAUAGUUUAUUAAAGAAUUAUUUGUAUUUUAUUUAUUGAUGGUUAUUAAAAUACAAAUCACUGUGAAAAAAGUGAAAUUUUUGGAUACCCAUUUUAUUCCUGCUAGACAAUGAUGUCAGUCAUGUUUAUGAAUGUAAUUGAUUUUAUUUCAAUGCGGUGGAAGGCUUUUUAUUUGUUUUAUUGUUUUAGUUGUCUUUUGGUCAUUUCCAGCCUGAUCUCACAAAUUUCCGUGGGAUAGUCACAGAAUUUUUUGCAAAUUUUUCCGUGGCAUUCUUACAGAUCUCCGCAUUUUUCCUUGGCCCUGCUACGGACUGUCUUUUACAUAAGAUUUACAUGAAAUGACAUCCCUACCCAAAACCAACUGUAGCCCCAAGGCCAGGUGACAAUUGUUUAAAGUUUAGAAAAUAUAAAAGAAUAAAUCAGAAAAAAAUAGUAUAAACCAAUAGUUAAAGUGACAUACUAAUGCAAACACCAAAUCUAACCCUAAACCGAAGCGAAAAUGGUUUGAAAAUAGCAAAAAGCAGUUGAGUAACCAAUCCCUGAGAAUGCCACAGAAAAAGACAGUCCGUAGCAGGGUCACGGAAAAAUGCGGAGAUCCGUGGCAAAAAAUUCUGUGACUAUCCCACGGAACUUUGGGAGAUCAGGUUGGUCAUUUCACUAAUAGUUGUUUGUAUUAAUAAACAAAGAUCUAUUAUGUUAAUUGUGCCAAAAUCCCUGAAACUAGGGUAAGCCUGUUAUGUUAAAGCCCUAUUUGAAGUGUGUAUACUUAAGUGUGGAUAUUAAGAUUUAAAAUCUAAAAAUAAAUUUUUUUUUAUAUAGAAUAGUCACUGUAGUUUUUCUGAUUAGAUAAAAAAUGCCAUAUUAAGUAAAAAAAAAAACCUGUAUUUAGUUGUUUUAAAGAAUGAGACAAAAACAGCAUUCAGCCAAGAUCUGAAUUACAUUUUCAUUUAUUGAAAAAACAUGAUGAUUAAAAUUAAAUAUCACAGAAUAAAUUAAAGCUAAAUGAUACUGAAUAUAUGAUAUUCAUCUCAGUGUGCCUUCAUUGUGCUUACAGCAUUUAUUUCUGUCACACUAUAACAACAGAAAGUUUGACUUUGACAAAUGAAGCUUAAUCACCACAUCUGAUUUAAGAAAGCCAUAAGGACAACAUAUUAAAAAAAAUGUCAGUAAAGGCAUUGAAUUGAAGCAGUAUGAUUUAAAAAAAGCCAACUUAAUCCUUAAAAGGCUAAAACAAUGUCAGCAAAAC